AAAAUAUUUUGAGGUUGGUCGAUUGAUAACAUAGUCUUGAAGUCUUUUCUCUCUAAUUAAUUGUGGUAUUUACUACCCAGGUUCAUCCGGUUGUAUUUUAGAAUUUUCAUCCACUAACAUCCAAAAUGUUGAUGCCAAAAAAGAAUCGUAGGGCUAUCUACGAAUACUUGUUCAAAGAAGGUGUUAUGGUUGCUGAAAAAGAUUUCCAUAAACCAGUACAUCCCGAUAUUGAAGGCAUUCCAAAUUUGCAAGUUAUCAAAGCUAUGCAGAGUCUCAAAUCUAGAGAUUAUGUAAAAGAACAAUUUGCGUGGCGUCACUAUUAUUGGUACUUGACGAACGAGGGAAUUCAAUACCUUAGGGAUUAUCUUCAUUUGCCAACUGAGAUUGUUCCAGCUACACUGAAGAGACAAGCUAGACAAGAUCCAAGAGGACCCAGAACCACACCAGGAGGAAGGCCUGAAGGCGGUCGGUCAGGUGAAGACAGAGCAACAUAUAGGCGGGCUCCUGGUGCACCUGGAACAGACAAGAAAGCUGAAGUGGGUGCUGGUACUGCUGAAUUGGACUUUAGAGGACCUGGUGCAUUUGGUGGAUUUGGCCGUGGCAGAGCUCCACCCCAAUAAAUGUAAUUAAUUAUAUUAAUUAUAAAUAAAAAAAAUUUAAAAUAAAAAAAAGUAUAAAAUUUA